AUGUUUCUAGCAGAUGAAAUACAUCGUCAGAACUUCGUGGUGAUGGGGAGAGGCCAAUUCAUGAAAGUGACUGGGAUAGCAAGAGAGUUAAGCCGUCAUCUAUCAAAUGAUCCUGUUGACAUCAGGCAUGAACUUUUCAACCCACAAAAUGCAAGAAACAGGUACGAAUUCUCCUUGUUUCUCAAUCUAGUAAAUACAGCAAAAAAGAAUGAACCUAGAAAGGUAACCAAGAAGCAGCAGCUCAGAUGA